AUGUUUUGAGCAAAAGAGAAUGGCCUUAUCAAAAUAUGACUCUACUCGGGGAACAACAAAUCUUGCUCGAAUUGCCCGGGCUAUCUUAGGUCCCUGCACUGAUGUACUGCGCGAUGUUCUCACGAAAGAGAUAACUCCACCAAAUUUGAAAAAGGAACUUAAUAAAUAUCCAAACAAAUAUCGAAUCAGUAAACAUUUAAAACAGGUUGUCAAAAAUGGAGAUUACUCGAAAUUUGACAUUUCAUUGCUUUACAUGUUUUUAAGAAACCUGGGUUCAAUUCCUGAACAUAAAAACAAAUGGGGAACAGAUCCAGAUCCAUAUGAUAAAAGCGUGUCAGCAAACAUAGAACGAAUUCGGAAUUUAAGAAACGAGUGGGGACAUUUUACAGAUUUAUCUCUUUCUGACUCAGAUUUUGAACAACAUUGGAAAAAUAUAUUUCAAACUGUAAAGGAUCUUGAGGGUUACCUCGGAGCAACAACCGUGUACCAGGACGCCCUGAACAAGUUGAAGACUUGUUGUAUGGACCCGGAUUCAACACAGCCCUACAUAAAAAAAUUGUUGUGGGUUGAACAAUUAGUAACUGAUAUUACAGAUCUAAAAG